AUGGCCGCCGCCAGAGGCUUGUUGCAUGGGGCUAGAGCAGCCAUGCAGCGGACGGUUCUGCACCAGGCACGGUAUGUCCCGGCCCCUGCAGUCUCCCUCAGCUCGACAACAGGAUCUCGAGAAGAGAAGCUCAAGGACAGACAGGCCCAGGUGAUGUCCCGCGGUCUGCCAAAGCAGAAACCAAUUCCUGGGGUAAAGCAUGUGUUGGUGGUGGCUUCUGGCAAAGGAGGUGUUGGCAAAUCAACAACUGCAGUUAAUCUGGCUCUGAGUUUGGCAGCAGUGAAUCAUGUAAAUGCAGUGGGUCUACUGGAUGCUGAUGUGUAUGGACCAUCCAUUCCCCGGAUGAUGAAUCUGAAAGGAAACCCAGAGGUGUCCAGCAAGAACUUCAUGAUCCCUCUUAAGAACUAUGGAAUUCGAUGCAUGUCCAUGGGAUUCCUGGUGGAAGAGACGGCUCCAAUUGUAUGGAGGGGAUUGAUGGUCAUGUCUGCGAUCGAGCGAUUAAUAAGACAGGUAGAUUGGGGGGAGUUGGAUUACCUUGUUAUAGACAUGCCACCUGGAACUGGAGAUGUGCAUCUGUCUAUCUCUCAGAACAUCCCAAUCUCUGGGGCUGUGAUAGUCUCCACUCCUCAGGAUAUUGCAUUGCUGGAUGCUCGCAGAGGGGCUGAAAUGUUUCAGAAAGUCAAUGUUCCUGUGCUUGGCUUAGUGCAGAAUAUGAGUGUUUUCCGUUGUCCAAAAUGCAAUCAUGAGAGCCACAUCUUUGGAUCAGAUGGUGCACGGCAACUUGCUGCUUCCAUGGGACUGGAUAUUCUAGGUGACAUCCCUCUACAUAUGAACAUUAGAGAAUCCUGUGACUUGGGCAAGCCAGUGGUGGUGUCUGAUCCAGAGAGUAAUGAGGCCAAGGCAUACAUGGGUAUUGCAGAACAGAUAAUGAGCAGGAUCUCCUAAUUGGGAGUGGUGAAAUAUCCACAUCAGACGGAAGACCUUUGUGUAAGGCUACAGGUGUUAAGCACCAACUAGUGACCAUCUGCAGUACGUAUGUGGAGAGAAGCAGAGGACGUUGUUCUCUCAUGGCUGAGACGUUGAGGCCCCAUGUUCAUAAGAACAUUAUAAGACAUAAGGGAUUAUUGAAGGUUAAAUAUUUCUAUGCAUAUUAUACAGUCCAAAAAGUCACUCCUAAUAUUUUAAGUACACUUCUGUAUCAGAAACAAUGGUGAAAAGUGUCUGUUUUUCCUGGCAUGGUCCAUUGGUAACAUUAAAAUGCAAUUGGUUUCUAAACUAUGCAGAAACUUUGCUCUCCCAAUCUGCUUACAGUUACCUAGGACCAAAACGUCUUCAGGAAAGGACACUAAGGCUGGUAUCCAAUUAGCUGCUGUAAUUAACUGCGGCUAAUAAACUCCCCAGAGGCUAUCCAAUUAGCCCCGAUGCUGACCGUUAUCAGGCAGUUAUCGUGGAAUUCCAGAUAACCAGCCUUUAGAACCCCAUUUUUUUUGUUUUUUUGCAGAAACAUAUAGCUCCAAAAAAAAAAAUUGCAUACUCUAAUUGGAUACUCCCAUAAAACCAUUCAACCAAUGACAGCGUCAGCCAGUGUGUGUGCAGUGAUUGGCUGAUAAGAAUUAUUGCAAAAUCUGUUCAUUCAGCUUGUCACCUAAUGAGUAGAUUUGUGACUAUUUGGAGUUUACACAAGUACCUGAAUGAUGUAUAUCAUGUAAUAAACAGUUAUUGAAUAGACCAGCAGAGGGGGAAAUAACACUGAUACCACCAUUAUAGCCUGUAACUAUUUGCAGAACACAAUGUAGCAGGAAGUUCCUGCUUCGUAUAAUAAUGUUGUACAAAAGAAUUCUUAUUCUGAUUUGUGGAUGUGACAUAUAGAAUUUGUUGGCAUGACGCUGUCUGCUACAGGAAAAGCACAAGUAGCUCAUUAUUUGAAGCUAUUCUGUCCAAACAUUUGCUUUCAAGAGGCCUGCUUGCUGAUGUGGGCUGAAUAAAAACAAAGAAAAAGGACGUCCUAUUAUAGCAGGGUAACAGACUUUGCAAAAGCAACAGUUCCGAAAAACCCAGGAGGGACACUCGCUGAACAGUCCUGCUGUAGAAUUACGAAACCUUUUUUGGUAUUUUUUUAACAUGUUUAUGGUUUUAUUUAAUAAAGCAUAUUUCUAUUAUUUUUAAGCUUA